UUGGUGAGCGGAGGCGGAAAUGCAGAGCUGCGCAAGACGACGUUCAAGCAUAUCCCCCAUCGCAAUGAGAAGGACAGGUAUGCAGCUUCACACAGUGACGAGCGUGAGGGGCAUGCAGAUGCGAGUAACAAGGCUGUGUCAGGGGCAAGGGAGCCGCUCGCGCAGGGUGCUCCCUUUCUUCUACACACAAGCCACGCCCCGUGACGCUUGGUCGAGCGGACGCCGGCUGCCAUGGCAACUGAGGCACAGCAUAUCAGCGAUCCUAGGCUCCCUGGAUCUGAACCAAGCCCGAGAGAAACUGUUGCGCGCGGUGAGUGGAUCGGACCGGCAGCGGACAUUUGGAUUUUCAGAAUUCAGUUUUAGAAGCGCCGGAGGGAGAGGACGAACUGGAAGAUGGACAGCGGCAAACUACACAUAUCAGUACCUGUGAGCAGAAACAGGGUCAUCUCCAAACUUCCAAAGUGGUACACGCCCGAGUCUUGCUUACAGUUCAAAGAAGACUUCCACGGCAAAGUGAAGGGAGCGUGUCAAAAUCGGCACACCAGGAGUGGAGGGCUCAAUAUUUCAAAAGUGGUUGUCGUCGGCGAUCUUUAUGUCGGCAAAACAUGUCUCAUUAACAGGUUUUGUAAAGAUGUUUUUGAUCGAGACUACAAGGCCACAAUCGGAGUGGAUUUUGAAAUUGAGAGGUUUGAAAUAGCUGGAGUACCGCACACCCUCCAAAUAUGGGACACUGCAGGGCAGGAGAAGUUCAAAUGCAUCGCAUCUGCCUAUUAUCGAGGAGCACAAGUCAUCGUUACAGUGUUUGACUUGGCCGACAUCAAGACAUUGGAGCACACCAGGCAGUGGCUACAAGAUGCUCUGAAGGAGAAUGAAACCUCUUCCCCAAUUAUCUUCCUGGUGGGCACCAAAAGAGAUCUCUUGUCUCCAGCUGAAUGUGAAAGAACUGAAAAUGAUGCCAUCAGAAUAGCCUCGGAAAUGCAGGCCGAAUAUUGGUCAGUCUCUGCUAAAACAGGGCAAAAUGUGCAGGAGUUCUUCUUCAGGAUGGCGGCUUUAGCAUUCGAAGAAUCAAUGCUUCGAGAACUGGAAAACUCUAGUCUGUCCACUGCCAGGAUUGGGGAGGCCAAAGUGAUAAGAAUUGAUGAAAAUGCAGAAGCGCCACAGUCAAAGAGAACAGCCGAGCCCGGUCUGGGUUGCUGCUAGCUUGUUGGUACAGAAGACAAACUCUGCCUGUAUGUGCCUCCUUAGGCACGCGUGGACGAUGGACAGCCAUAACCACCGCCUCCAUCAUGGGUCAGCCACUCCUCUUGAGAUACUCGGCUCGUAUUCUUCAGCAGUGGCGUCAUGGCUCCGAGAGAAGCGUCCCACUUCACAGCCCAGCUACGACAUUCACUGCCUCCGGGUGUACCCUUGAGAUGAGUCCCCUCACUGACAGGUGCUGCUGCAAGGAGCCCACGGCGCUCAGAACCCAUUUGCAUUACUCAGACUACCGUUGGAGAGUUUCUUUAGUCCUCCUCCCAGUACAUCAUUCACAAGAGGUGGUCGGAUCAGUGACUUUGACAUUCAGAGAGGAGUCAAUAUUAUUGGCUAGUGGUUUGAUACCAUUACAUCCCAGUUUAAUUAGUUCCCCAACGACACACUUUUGUGGACUCUUUUUCCCCAUUAGAUGUCAAUCUGAGAAUGCCGCAUGAACCCGCAGCUGGUUAGCAGUAUCGUUCACUGGACAUUCUCAUUCCCUUAUAUUUCUUAUGUCCGCUCCCUAUUACGUGUAAUUCUGAAGAUAUUGUGUGACCCAGUCUUUGGAUACCAGUACCCUCAACUUAGAUUCCAGUUUAUUUACUAACUUACAGUGCUGAUCGUCUGUCUCCUCACCAGUAGAUCAUUCAGAGGGUACCAUGCGGUCCUUUGGUUAGAUAUUAGGGUUUCCUAAUUCUUAUCAUAAGUCACUUACUCGUUUCUAAAGUUUUUAUUUUCAUUCCCCUUUACUCUUUUUGUGAUUAACGUGAUGCCAUUUGCUCUGGCGGUUCAACACUAGUAUCUUCCGAUUCUUAUCUAAUCCCACUUGCUAACUCCCCAUUUGUACGGUGUGUUUUUUGCCCUCCAAUUCUUGUCAUUCAGAGGGGGCCUCACCAGCCAGUGCUUACACGUCAGUCUGUCCUAGCUUAUGUGCGCCUGUUCAGCCACUGAUCCCAAGUGCUUCUCUGAGACGUUCACCUCGUUGCCUCUUUCAGAUGCAGAGUUUAAAAUGAUCUACAAGCAACCAUUCUCAAGUAACACAGUGGGAGCUGUACUAGACACUGCCCUAUAAAACUGAAAUGGGACAAACUCACAUUUUGGGGGCUGAAACAGCCGUGCUGCUUUAUUAAUACAGCAAUACAAAGGAUCAGGUCCAGUUCUGUCUCCAUUGUAAUCAGCAGCUCUAGCUGACAUAGGCCUUGUUGCUGUGUUUUAUUUUUUAUGAUCUCUAAACCCUACAUGAUCCAUGGUAUAUUUUAAUAAAGAAACUUGUCUUUCUG